AUGAGACAAAUUCUUUCGAGGUCCAAACCUGCGGUAGAUACAACUUCGACAAAAUUCACAACUAAAUUUAAAAUAUUGAACUUCAAUGAAUUUUUAGAGAGUCGCGACUAUACUGGUGCUAUAACUUUAUUAGAGUUUUCCCGGACAACUGGCGAUGAAUUGUUACAAAAAUUAUGGUUGGGCUUUUGCUAUUUCCAUCUGGGCGAUUACAAAAAAGCAAAGGAAAUGUAUGAAACUGCAUAUAAGUUAAAUCAAAAUGAUUCCAAUAUUUUAUUGAAUAUUGCUGUCUGCAAUUUUUAUUUAGGAUGUUACAAUGAAUGUAGUAGCAAUAUUGAGGAUCUGCCAGAUGGGUCAUUGAAAGCUCGAUUAUUAUUUCAUUUGGCUCACAAAUCUGGAGACGAAAGUGCACUUUUAUUAUAUCACAAAAAUUUGCACGACGUAAUUGAGGAUCAACUUAGUCUUGCGAGUUUGCAUUACCUUCGUUCUCAUUAUCAGGAUGCUAUUGAUAUUUAUAAAGGAGUUCUGGCUGAAAAUAGGGAUUUAUUGGCGUUAAAAGUCUAUAUAGCUUUAUGCUACUAUAAACUGGAUUAUUUUGAUAUUUCUCAAGAAGUUCUGAAUGUAUAUUUGACUGCAUAUCCUGAUUCAGUAAUUGGAAAUAAUUUAAGAGCUUGUAAUUUUUAUCGACUGGACAACUUUAAAGCUGCUGAAAAUGAAUUAAUGGCCUUAUCAGAAAAGUGUGUUUUUGGAUCAGAUCUUAUCAAACACAAUCUUGUCGUAGUGAGAAAUGGAGAAGGUUCAAUGCAAGUUCUUCCUGGUCUUGUGGACAUCAUACCCGAAGCACGACUAAAUUUAGUAAUUCAGUACUUAAAAAGUGGAGAAAUUUUGCAAGCUCAUGCUUUGAUUAGGGAUUUAGAACCUACAAUUCCUCAAGAAUAUAUAUUGAAGGGGCUGGUUAACGUCGAACUUGGACAAAUGCAAGGAUCGAAAGACCACAUUCAAGCUGGUAUUCAAUGUCUACAACUUGUAGGAGAUUCGGCAUCUGAAUGCAACACUGUACCAGGCAGAGAGAGCAUGGCAUCAGUAUUUUUUCUUUAUGGCCAAUUUGAAGAAGUACUUGUUUAUCUAAAUUCUAUUAAGAGCCACUAUAUUAAUGACGAUACAUUCAAUUAUAACUAUGCUCAGGCAAAAACUGCAACUGGCUAUUAUAAAGAAGCAAUAGAAAAAUUCAAUGAAAUUACAAGCCCCGAAAUACAUUCUGAAUACACUUUUAUAUGUUGUCUUUGCCGUUGUUACAUUAGGACAUCUCAACCUGAAAAGGCCUGGGAAUUGUAUAUUACUAUGAAGACUGGUCCUGAAAGUUUUACAGUCCUACAAUUAAUAGCAAAUGAUUGUUAUCGUAUGGGACAUUUCUGGCAUUCAGCUAAAGCAUUUGAUUUACUCGACAGGUUAGACCCUAAUCCAGAAUAUUGGGAAGGUAAAAGAGGAGCAUGUGUUGGGGUUCUUCAAUUGAUAGCUGCCCAUGAUGAUAGAGCAUCAUUAGAACAACUUAGUGGAGUAUUGGGCUUGCUUAGAAAUUCACACAAUGCCCAAGCGGAACAAAUUGCUAAGGUCAUGAGGCGUUUUGCAAAAGAAACUAAUAUUUCUCUGUAA